UUUAAUGAACUCUCCUUUAUUUUGCUUUUUAAUCCUUCUAAAUUUAUUAUUUAUCCCAAAUUAUUUUGCACAAUUUAGUCCUUCAUUCCGUGAAUUUUUAAUAGAGGAGGGUGGUACAGAUCUUGAGAAGCUACUUACAAGAGAGGAUCUUGGUGUAAAAGGAAGUUAUGGAGGAGGAAAUCAUAAAGCUGGGGAGAAGACAAAAAGACUACCUGUAAUCUUAGUUCACGUUAUAACCGAUAGUGCUGCCGGUAUGGAACCAAUUCGAAAAUAUUUUAAGGCAAUAUUAGGAGGUAAAUGUGUUGAUACAAAGGAAGAUCUUGGCCCACCAUUAACUGAUUUGGUACACACAUAUGUUGGAGUUGCAGGGCCCCAUUGGGGAGCAAUUCUGUGCUUUGUACCCAUCGGACCUUGUAAUUUUAAUAAUGGAGUUAAUUGUUUGUCGAAAUUUUUGAGAGACAUUAAUAUAAGACAAAGAUACGAGGGUACUUUUAUUUACUCAAUAUGUUCGACUGAUGAUGAAGUUGUUGGAUUUAGUGUAUGUAGUCGCAUAACCUGUAUGAUCGCAGGCGAAAAUGCUCAUUUCCCGGUAAAAUAA